AUGGAAACUGGUCCAACACAUAUGGGCAGAGGCCGUGCUCGCUGUGCUCCGGGCAACGGCGGAGCGCAUGCAGUUCUGUUCGUUCCGGCUAGACACCUGUUGCGCGAGGAAAGAAAAGCACCAACGUCACCAAGAGUGGCGUGCUCGCGGUACCGCGACAGGAAGCUGCUUCAAAUACGCUCCCUGCGUAUGGAACAAUCAAGCCAGCGACUGCCGAAAGGAAGGCUAGAGAACUUCUUCGUGCUACUCGGGAAACAGUGCGUGCGGGAGAUCCGUGGCACCGUCGAAGCCGUUGCAGCUGCCACGACGCGGCAGGCGAAGACUCCGUCCGCGUCGCAGGCGCGUCUAGCGGAGCUCGCGAUCUCCGACGAGCUCAUCGCCAAACGCGAGAGCCUCCGGGAAAGUGCAACGCAUUACCUGAAAGCGGCACCAUGGCUUUCGAGAAUGACCUAUACUCUUUUGUGCCGCUUGAUCGAAAUGCUCUUUCGCGACAGACCCAUCGAACGUUUUUGGUUUCUGGAAAUGGUUGCUCGCGUUCCCUACUUCUCUUUUCUAUCAGUGUUGCAUUUGUAUGAAUCGUUGGAUCUUGCUCAUCUCACGGAGCUUCGGCGCGCUCAUUUCAUAGAAGAGUGGAACGAAAUGCACCAUUUACUGAUUAUGCAAGCGCUUGGUGGCGACGGCCGGUGGCUGGACCGCUUCCUCGCAUAUCACGUGUCUCUCGUGUACUACUGGGCACUGGUUCUCCUCUACAUGAUCGCACCAGCGGUCGCGUACAACUUCAGUGAGCUCUUAGAAAAGCAUGCCUACGACACGUACGCGGUGUUCAUCGAGCAAAAUGAGACGCUGCUGCGCACGCUGCCGGCACCUUCGGUUGCCCGAGCGUACUACGAAAGCGGUGAGCGCUUCCGUUUCCGAGCGGACACCAUCAAUGCAGAGACGCACGCGUGCGAGGGCCCCCCGGUUGCGACGCUGUUCGACGCUUUCGUGAACAUUCGCGAUGAUGAGGGCGAGCACAUCAAAAUGAUGGAAUUCUGCCAGACGGAAAUCAUCAGCACUGGACAAGCUUCGGCGACAGGAGACCAAGCCGAUCUGUGUGGAUCGAGAGCGGCGGAGGCACCAGCACUCGCGGGUCUCCUGGCGACUUUCUCGACAUGCAUUCGUUCAUCGGAAGAUCGCGAUCGCUGGAAUCGCUGGCAAGCAAGCGCUGAGGAAUGGAAACGGAAGCACAGCAGAACGCCAGUGCCAUUUCUGAAACCAUCUGGAGCCGCAAGUGCGCAGCUGACACGCAACUGGAAAGUGCACGCUAACGAGGGGUACGCCCCUAUCCCCGAAGCGACGGACCGAGGUGGACAUGCUCUAGAGAACGGUCAUGUGGGGCCAGGAGCGUCGUCUCCGACAGCGUAG